AUGGAAUCUAAAGGUGGUCAGGGUGUGCUCACAAGCAACUUGCCCCCCGUCCCAAUAACUGAGGACAGUGUCUAUUAUAUAGCAAUCAAGGGCUCUUUACAUGCUAAUGACUGUUCCGUCUUCGGUUUAGGACAAGAAGAAAUAAGAGCAUUGUGUAAGAAAUUCCCUGGGUCAGGAACCAGUGUUGUUAAUGGAAUUACCAUUAAGUCAAAUGUGUUAGAUGCCAUUAAUGCAUUGGCCCAACUUGGCUAUAAGCUUGUUUCAAGCACUGGGGAAACAGAAAUCACUUGGACCCUUGUACGCGAGAUAUAA